AUGGGUUGUCUUGCACAAAUGAACAAAGUCAGCGUACUAGCUGCACUAUGGCAAACAGCCUUUGCAGCCACAGUUUCAUACAAUUUCAAUAUUGGUUGGGUAACUGCUAAUCCAGAUGGUGCUUUUGACCGCCCAACAAUCGGAAUCAACGGAGAAUGGCCAAUCCCGCGAAUCGACGCAAAUAUUGGUGACACCAUUCUCAUCAAUGUCCACAAUCAUUUGGGUAACCAGUCAACGUCUCUUCAUUUCCAUGGUCUAUUCAUGAAUGGCACAACGCACAUGGACGGGCCUUCACAAGUUAGCCAGUGCGCCAUUCUACCAGGAGCAUCAUUCACAUACAAUUUCACCAUCAACCAGCCUGGUACCUACUGGUACCACUCGCAUACUCACAGCCAAUAUCCAGAUGGUCUUAGAGGCCCUCUUGUGGUCCAUGACCCCAACUCACCCUUCAAAGGCCAAUAUGACGAAGAGGUGGUCGUAACACUUUCCGACUGGUACCAUGACCAGAUGGCAGAUCUUAUUCCACAAUUCAUGAGUAAGGGCAACCCAACAGGAGCAGAGCCCGUCCCUCAAGCGGCCCUCAUGAACGACACUCAAAACCUCAAAGUGCGUGUCCAACCUGGGAAGACGUACCUCUUCCGAAUGGUCAAUAUGGCCGCCUUCGCCGGUCAGUAUGUCUGGAUUGAGGGCCAUAAUAUCUCCAUCGUUGAGGUUGAUGGCGUAUACACGGAACCGGCACAGGCGAGCAUGAUUUACAUUGCCGCUGCGCAGCGCUGCAGCUUCCUUGUCAAAACUCUCAAUGAUACCAGCUCCAACUUCGCCAUGGUCGGGAGUAUGGAUACCUCCCUCUUUGACAAUCUUCCACCAGACCUCAACUACAAUGUCACGGGCUGGCUAGUCUAUGACGACUCAAAACCGACCAAGCCGCCUGUGAUACUGGAUGCCUUCGAUCCCUUUGAUGACAUGACACUUGUUCCCUUCGAUAAGCAGCCCCUGCUUCCCCCGCCAUCCAAGACAGUUGAGCUGGAUGUCAUCAUGGAUAACCUCGGCGACGGCGCAAAUUACGCUUUCUUCAACGACAUCACCUAUAAGUCCCCCAAAGUCCCCACACUCUACACCGCCCUCUCGUCCGGAGACGCUGCAACGGACCCAAGAGUGUACGGUACUUAUACUCAUAGCUUCGUCCUUGAGCGCGACGAGGUCGUUCAGAUCGUCGUCAACAACCUCGACCCAGGACGCCACCCUUUUCACUUACAUGGCCACGACUUCCAGGCGCUAUAUCGAGCGCCCGAGGAAGGCGGGACUUUUGCCAAUUCGAACAUCUCCGAAGCAGACUUCCCCAAAGUGCCAAUGAGGCGAGAUACGCUAGUCGUGUGGCCUAAUGGCAACAUUGUUCUGCGAUUCAAGGCGAACAACCCGGGUAAGUGCCUUCUCCUCGCAGAGAUUGAAAUUGGGUACAAGAAAACUCACAUAUACUCUGUUUCAAGGUGUCUGGCUCUUCCACUGCCACAUAGAAUGGCAUGUUACCUCUGGCUUGAUAGCAACCUUCGUCGAGGCACCGUUAGACCUGCAAAAGAGCCUUACAAUUCCAAAGGAUCAUUUGGAUGUCUGUGCCGGGGGCAACGUCCCCAUAUAUGGCAAUGCUGCGGCCAACUCGAAGGACUUCUUGGAUCUUUCUGGGGAGAAUUCUCCCCCACCUCGUCUCCCAGAUGGGUACGUUUCCGAAUACCAACACAUGCCUUCUCCCUAGCCGUUUGUGCCUCUACUGUUUCCAUCUGCAUGUCCUGCUGCUCUUCGUCCAGAGCAUGA